AUUUAUAUGUAUAUGUAUAUGUAUACAUUUUUUUGUAAUCUAUUUAAAACCGUGUAUGUGUGUAUUUGUGUUUGCUGCGACCACCAUUCAAGAGGAGAUUCGCUUGACGUGUUCUUCUUCCCUCCUACCUGGAAAAGCGAGUGAUCGUUCAACGAAGUUUUACAGAAGUAUGAAAAGGAAACUUCGAAGUCAACGAUGCGCGUAAACGGGCAUCAGACACACGAAGCGAAGCAAGAAAUGGACGAAAUGUUGGAAUGCGAGACUGGAUCCUUGUUGGGUCGAGUCGCAGACCUCGAAAGGCAAUCCUUGGCGCAAAGAGACGAGAUAGUUUGUCUUCGUGCUACUUUGGCGGACGCGUUAAGGCGAAUUUCUCAGCUCGAAGGACGAGAUAAGAGAGAGGAUGAAAGAAAUGAGAGGAGAAACGAGAGAAUGGUAUCCUCGCCAUUAAGAAACGGCCAUGUUUCUCUUAGAAAUAAUCAACAAAAUUCGGUGCCUCAGAAAGAUUUGCGUUUACGUCAAAGUGGUGGUACCAAUGUUAGAAACUCAUCAUCAUCUGGAUCGUCUCAGGAUGUUCAGGAUGCGAACUCCAGUCCUAGGAGACCGGUCAGUUAUUCGCAUUCUUCUCAACUUCCACAGAGAAGAUCGGUCCAUUAUCAAUCAACGGGUUCUUUACAUUCGGAUAGCCCUAGCAGUAGUAGUGUUUCACCGGUGCCAUCACCAAGUCCACGAGCCACGCCAUUACCAAUUGCUAGGUCACCCACGACAAGGUCAAAUGGUCCACCACAGAGUAGCUUGCGAAGAGCAAAAAGGUGGUCAUCAACUGGAGACUUUACGCAUUCUCCUCAAAAUCAAGGAAGCAAUUCUCAACUCGUUGGUGCUAGAUUGUCGGCAUCCACCAAGUCCCUGUUCAACCUCUUCAAGCCUGCGGUGCUGAACAACGUCAAACACGGUACCAGAGACAUGCAGUAUAACGAGGAGGAAGGUACCGUUCGUAUGUACCUGCGAGGACGACCAGUCGUUUUAUAUGUUCCAACACCUAUGAUAGAUCACUACGAUCUUCACAAAGUAACAACACCACCGCAAAGUAAACUCAAAUUAGAUUGGGUCUAUGGAUAUCGAGGGAGAGAUUGCCGUAGCAAUUUACAUCUUCUACCAACUGGCGAGAUCGUUUAUUUCGUUGCUGCGGUGGUGGUACUUUAUAAUAUGGAAGAACACAGUCAAAGACAUUAUUUGGGUCACACGGAUGAUGUUAAAUGUAUUGCGAUACACCCAAAUAAAAUGGUAGUUGCAACUGGGCAAACCUGUGGUUCAGAUCGACGUGAUGCACUGCAACGCAUCAGAAUAUGGAAUUCGGUUAGUUUAGCCACACUGAGCGUUAUUGGUAACGGCGAAUUUGACGGAUCGAUUUGUUGUUUGUCAUUCUCGAAAGCGGACGGUGGUAAUUAUUUAUGUGCUAUCGACGAAACGUCCGAUCAUAAUAUAUCAAUUUGGGAUUGGCAAAAAAGUGACAAAGGUUCUAAAUUGACAGAAACGAAGUGUUCCGUCGACACGGUUGUUUGUGCCGAAUGGCAUCCCCUCGAAAGAAAUCAAAUUGUUUCAUGCGGUAAAGGGCACGUAUCUUUCUGGUCCUUGGACAGUGGCGGUAUGUUGUAUAAAAGAAUGGGUAUAUUUGAAAGUAGAGAGAAACCAAAAUACGUCACGUGUGUCGCUUUUAAUCAAAAUGGAGAUGUUCUUACUGGCGACAGUAAUGGCAACAUUAUUGUUUGGGCAAGAGGUACCAACACCAUAUCCAGAUUGGUCAGAAAUCUACACGAAGGAUCUAUAUUUUCUAUAUGCGUUUUGAAAAAUGGAAAUGUUAUUACUGGAGGUGGAAAGGAUGGCAGAAUAUUGCACUUUGAUGGAUCAUUAAAUCCAACAGGAGAAGAAGCACAAAUUGAAGAUCAUUUUGGUGGAAUUCGAACGUUAUCAGAAGGUAGAGGAUCACAAUUAUUGAUUGGUACCACCAAAAAUUGCAUUCUCAUUGGAGAUAUAGAAAUGGGAUUCAAUCCGGCGAUGUUAGGACAUACAGAAGAAGUUUGGGGAUUGGCAGCUCAUCCAAUAUUACCUCAAUUCGCAACAGCAGGUCAUGAUAGAUUGUUACAAAUGUGGGAUAGUCUUAGUCAUACUGUGGUAUGGAGUAAAGAUAUCGGGGAACAAGCACAAAGCAUCGGUUUCUCUCCUGAGGGUACCGUUAUGGUAGUUGGUUGCGUAUCUGGGAAAUGGUUGGCCAUUGAUAGCGAGACGCGUGAACUUUAUACUCAUCAUACAGACGGAUCAGAACCAAUUCAAGUGGCCACAUUCUCCCCAAAUGGAAAUCUCUUAGCACUUGGUUCAAGAGAUAAUUAUAUUUAUAUAUAUCAAGUUAAUGAAGAUGCUACUAAAUACAGUAGAGUCGGUAGAUGUAUGGGACAUUCUAGUUUCAUAACUCAUUUGGAUUGGUCGAUAGAUGGACAAUACUUACGUAGCAAUAGCGGAGAUUAUGAACUUCUAUUUUGGAAUCCUGGUAUUUGUCGUCAAAUAUCUCAACCCUCCACCCUUAGAGAUGUCAAUUGGGCAACACAUACCUGCAUAAUAUCUUUUGAAACAAUUGGUAUUUGGCCAGAAGGUGCAGAUGGUACAGAUAUUAAUAAUUGUAGUCGCAGCGGAGAUGGUAAACUUCUUGCUACGGGAGAUGAUUUUGGAAAAGUCAAAUUAUUCUCACAUCCUGCUUGUCAACCAAAAUCAUUACAUCAUAGCUAUGGUGGUCACUCAAGUCAUGUGACAAAUGUAUCGUUCCUUCAAGAUGACACAAGACUGGUGUCUACAGGUGGAGGCGACACCAGUGUUCUUCAAUGGAUAGUAAAUUAAUUUACGCUUUAAAACUAAACGGAAGAUAAAUUCUGUUCUAAUUAAUAGAACAUAUAUAUUAUUUUUACAUAUAUUUUCAAAGUGCACUUUGUCGACACGUAGCGAGCUUACUUUACUUGUAAAAUAACACGACCGAGAGAGUAAUGAAAAUGUCAUUAUUAUUUCUAAAAUGAUUUGUGAUUAACGAAAUGGUGUGGUAUACACGUACAUUUAACAUUAAUAAGAAAGAGAUAAAAUAUAUUGUUAAUGAAUAAUUAAUGUGAUAAUUUAAUAAUUACUCUCUUUUAUGUAGCACAUUUAAUAUUAAUGUUUCAAUGUUUGUCAAGAAUCAAAAAUUAACUUCAUGGACAUUCCGUGUAUGGUUGAAUAUUCAUAAUUGUUGUUUGAAGAAUGUUAACCGAUCUGUACAACUACUUUAUAUUUCUAUAUAUUAUAUUAUACACCAAAUUUACAAUGUUCCUAACGAUAUAAAAGACGAUUGAGAUAAUCCAAAGACAAAGAAGAAAGAAAUAUGGAAUGUCCUAUUAUAAAAAGAAGGAACUCGUAGAAAGCUCGUAACGUUAAAUAUAACGCGCAUACUGUAUUAUGCCGUCCAUUAGAAAGUAUAUUGUAUUUACAAUUAGUGAUUUCAAUUUGCAUUGUACUUUCAAAUGCAGAACUUUUCGAUCUAAUGUGUGCAAGUCAGAUUCAUUAAUUGAUUAUUACUAUUAUUAUUAUUACCAUUAUUAUUAUUAUAAUUAUUAUUAUAAUAUUAUUAUUUAAAUGUUUCAUUUCAAUUUACAUAAGACACGACUUGUACUGUAUUUGUUCAUGAUUAGCCUCAAAACAUUUACAUAGGAAUUUAAUUACAAGGAAAUAUCUGCCAUUUAUAUACCUUUUAAUGAAAAUAUCAUGUACAAGUAAAAUUCAACAGAAAAAAAAAAAAACAAACAAAAAAAGAGAAAAGAAUAAUAGGUCUCUAGCCGUAUAAUCUUAUUACAAAGUGUACAUACAGUAAGAUUUUUUUAAAGGAGUUUAAACUUUUAGAUCUUCUUUUGGCAUUUUGUAUAAUUUUUGGGUUUGAACUCUUUUACCAAAGUCUAAGAAUGAAGGAUUCAAAGUC